AGCGGAAUGGCCGGGCGGACGGACCGGGCGCCGCUGCUGGACUGGGCCGAGGGGCCGGGGUUGAGUCCGGCUCCGGAGGCUGAGCAGGGAGAUCGGCAGCGGGGGUACGGAGCGGGCUGGGGUCGAAGGCCGAUCCAGGAGCUCUCCCCGGUACCUCAGCUGGAGGAUGACCACAUCGUGGCCGUGUUUGUGGUGACUUUCGACCCCCGCAGCGGGAAUAUUGUGGAAUGGUGCCGGCCUCAAGAGAUCGAUCUGGAGGGGGUGGAGUUCAAAUCAAUGGCCAGUGGAUCCCAUCGCGUCCAAUCAGAUUUCAUUUAUUUCCGUAAAGGCGGCUUCUUCGGCCUGGCGUGCUUCGCCAACAUGCCCGUGGAGAGCGAGCUGGAGCGCGGGGCGCGCAUGAAGUCCGUGGGGAUCCUGUCCCCCUCUUACACCCUCUUGUACCGAUACAUGCACUUUCUGGAGAACCAAGUCCGGCAUCAGCUGGAGAUCCCGGGACACUAUACCCCCCUGGAGGCUUUCUAUGAGGACAAGAAGGGGGUCCUGCCGGUGGGAGUGAACGCACAGAACUACCAGCCCCCAAUCCCCUGGCUGCCAUCCAUACACAAACACCUCUAUCCCGAGAUGAGGAUCACCCACCCCGCGGGCUGCAUGUCGCAGUUCAUUAAGUUCUUCGGGGAACAAAUCUUUGUGCUCUGGAAAUUCGCCCUUCUGCGGAAGCGAAUCCUGAUCUUCUCCCCGCCCCCUGUGGGCGUGGUCUGCUACAGAGUGUACUGCUGCUGCUGUCUGGCCAACGUUACUCUGCCGGGGAUCGGAAUGACGGCCCCUGAGUCCAAACCGUUCUUCUACGUGAACGUGGCGGAUAUAGACGUGCUGGAUGGGGAAGUUUCCUACGUGGCGUGUACCACGGAGAAGAUCUUUGAGCACAAGCCGGAUCUCUACGACGUCUACGUGGACAACCAAAACGUGAAGACUCACCUGGACCACCUGCAGCCGCUCCUGCGGGUCAACGGCGCCGACAAGGAGAAGUACCGGCGGCUCAACGACCAGAGGCAGCUGCUGAUGUACACGCAGGAGGUGGACGGGGACUGCGGCUCCUGCGAGGAGGACCUCUUCAUACUGUUCUUCAUGGAGCAGAACAACAGAAUAUUCCAGAUCCUGCUGGAAGUGGCAUCGAGCCAGGACAAGACCCUGACGGCCGAUCACGCCCGCAGCAUGGGGCUCGACCCCCAGGGCGACCGCAGCUUCCUCAUGGACCUGCUGGAUGUCUACGGUUUUGACCUCAUGCUGGUCAUCGACAACCCCUGCUGCCCGUGACUCCGGAUCACCCCCGGCUCUUGGCCCCUGCUGCCCGUGACUCCGGAUCCCGCGUGGCCCUCGGCUCGACCCCCUGCUGCCCGUGACUCCGGAUCCCGCGUGGCCCUCGGCUCGACCCCCUGCUGCCCGUGACUCCGGAUCCUGCGCGGCCCUCGGCUCGACCCCUGCUGCCCGUGACUCCGGAUCUCGUGUCUUGUAAAUAACCCUCGGAUGUGAUGCCCACUGUGACGGAGCUCCGGCUC